AUGUUAAAGACCUUCGCGAGAUCCUUUUCCUCGACCUCAAAACGUGCUGAUCUUGCCAAGUUCACUGCCAUUGGCCGUAUCGGCAGCGACAUUGAAAUCUCCACCUCGAAGAACAAUGUCCAAUACGUCCGUUACCCCCUUGCUGUGCAGACCACCAAGUCCGAAACUUCCUGGUUCAACAUUACUGUUUUCGACGAGCGCGCUAUUGACUUCAUGUCUCAAUACCUGAACCGCGGCUCUACUGUCUAUGUCGAGGCCGAUGCGUCCAUGUCCAACUACACCAGCACUGCUGGCGAGAACCGCCACUCUCUCCAGCUGGUUCAGUCUACCAUCAGCCCCAUCAUCUACCGCAACAAGCGCGAGGACGUUGAAGGCGAGGCCAAUGCUGAGGCUUAA